AUGUACUCCCAUUUCAAAGACUACAGUGAAAUUACUUUCCUUUCGUCCUCUUAUGACUUCUUCUACCUCCACUACACGAUAAAGCUAUUGGGGUUGAUUGGAGAACUGCCUAAGGAGUACCUGCUACCCUACAAGAGUGUUAUUCUAGUAGUGCUACUGCCUACGUCCGUUACUCUGGGAGUACUCUCGAAUCUCGAAGAAUUGUCACAGUUCUUAUAUAAUACUAAGGCCACCAAGACAAGGUCCGUGAAUUCUUUUUGUAUAUCGGAAGAAAUGGAAAACCAUAUAAAGGCUACCAAGUCUUAUUUCAAAGUUAUGUGCACUUCACGCGAUACAAACGAGUCCGUCAAAAAUCGUGGCCCACAUGAUACUAGACUCUUGCUAAACACUCAAUCGAUGACACACCAAAUGAUUACAAAGUACGCGGAACGACUCCUGAAUAGCAACAUAGACGAUUGCACCAAGAUGUUGGCAUUGGAGAUACGCAAAGCGUACUGUAGAGGACUUCCGAUAUUUCUUUGCGACCGUAGUGGAGGCUUGUUAAGCUAUAUACUCAGUAUGAGUUCGAAGAUGCUCAGAUGGGACGUUAUUGAGUCUCUGCUGCAAUACGGUUUCGAGGGAAAUGCGUUUCUACCCAAGUACAUAGGUUUACGCGACCGCGAUCCUAGCUACGACUUCGUUACCUAUAUGGACAAAAUAAGCAUACGUUAUCCUUGGGGCGAUUCUAUGGAGAAGGGAGUAAGUGACGAAAGUGUAGAAGAUCCCUCGCGUACACUUGUGAAUUAUGAUGAUCCUAACGAUUUUGGCUCUGCUGAAUCUCAGUUCAGGAAGCGUUACGAACGCGAUAACUGCUGUGAUUUCUUUCCUGAGUAUCACGCGUUGGUUCGUAAAUACGGACGUGGUAAAAAGAAUCUUACUACCAGGUCUUCAGACCUAAUCGUAAUCAAGUGA